AACGGAGACGGUGGAAUAUGUGUCAACGACCUGUCAAUCGGCUUGAAGAAGCUGGGAGUGCAUCGCACGGAGCAUGAACUCAUGGGGGAUCACCUGCUCGUGGAGAGGCAUGUUCUGCGGCUAGACGUUACUCACGCUGCCCCGCGGGGAGAAGCGGAGGAACGUGCACGGCUCAAAGACGCAGAGCUUGCGGACAGAUAAAUGGCAGGUCUGCAAUAUAUCACUUCACAUCACAUGACAUCACUGUUGACCUGUGUUGGCCAAAGGGCUACCACAUACCACGUUCCUUGUACCCUGUGUGGGGCAAAGGGGGAACGAUGUUUCUCAGUAGCACAUUGAAAUGGGCCGAUUUUGAGCCCACAACCUCCAAUGUUGAAGCCAAGUAAAGGUUGAGGUGAUGUUUUAGGAUGUGUUGUAUGGUAAUAAGAUAGGCAAUGGGAUAAAUACUAACAUGUCAUCCUUCUGUCUCCGAUUAUAAAAUAAAAAUGGCUUGGCUGUAAGACAAAGCCAGCAAUGGAUUUCAAAUCAGUUUGCACACCGUUAACUUGUGUAUUUUACUGGUUAACUGAAAAAGAUAUAAAGGAGUGUCAGCCUGUAUGAAUCAGACAGACAGACAGACGGAGAGGCAGACAGACUCACUAGUCCAUUUUCAAGGAUUAACUUAUCCGCAUGUCGUCAUUCUGAACAAAUCCCCACAGGGGUGAUUAUCGUAAUGGCUUUCUUUUCUUGGUACAUUGGCUUAUUAGUUUAUCUCGCUUUCUCUUUCAAAAAUGUCUAUCCUUGGGUGCCUCUCCUGGCUGGAACUAUAUGUUUCACCCCAAGGCAUUUCUAAUAGAAAAUACAUGCACCUCCUUAACAGAGGACAAUUGGAGGUAAUGCGUUGCAGGGGGGGGGCUUAGCUGUCUGCUGAGUCACACUGUCUGCUUAGAAGUCACAGACUACCAACAAUUAGAUUUAUUUGUACUAAGCAAUGGAGCUUAAAAUGAUUGUGAUAUCAUAAUUAGGAAGUAGGCGUCGGCAAAUUGUGUUUGUUAAACGGUGUUACCCGAUGGAUGCUCAAUACUCUGGGCCAUCGUGAAGGAUGAUGAUGGAGAGAAUAGCACGGAGGGGGAGGGUAGGAGGAGGAGGAGGAGCGAAUCAGACGUCAUUCAGCAGAUUGGAUGCUGUGGAACAGGAAUGACGGAAGGGAAUCCCUGUGCAUCGCCCCCCACCCCACACACACGCACAGUACCUACAGAAUGACGUGAAGAUUAAUCAUGCACAGCUAUCUUUGCUCCCAUUGGCUGGGGUGAGUUGAAUCCGGGAUCUACAUCCUGACCUGCCAGUAUGGGCGGUUGUGAUUGGUCGAAGCAAGGCUGCAGUGAGGAUGCAGUUUUCCCUGGGCUAUUUUUUGCUGCAUUACUCCGGCAUGUGAUAGACCCAUUCUGCUGUCUGAUUCCAGAAUUACAGUAUAUGAUCCUUAUUUAUUAUUAUUAUGGAGAUGCAUUCUAGGUUUGCAUUUGCGUAACUCUCAAUUAAAGUCACUCUGGAAUACUUGCCUGCUCAGACCGUCAGGGACAUCUGUGGUCCCUCUUCAGUGUGAGACAGGACAAGAGAGGCUGAGGAGCUGACUCUCUCUCCUGAGACAGACGCUCAGGGAGAAGUGGCAUUGUUUCUGGCGUCUCUCUCUCUCUCGGUUGUCCUCGGCUGACUGUUUAUUCACAGUGCUUUCUGAGUUCAUAACGACGGGCCAGUUAUUGCUAACGCUACGGUGGGCUGUGGUCUGGAGAUGCUGCAGGGCAUCAUGGACUUUCUGUGGCGGAGAUUCUUUGGUAGGACAGACUGUGACACUGAUGGAAGUGAGCUCCCUGAAGACGGAAAGGCUGAGGCCACUGGAAACCACAGGCAGGAAACUGGUAGUCCCCAAGAGGAAACCACAGACUCUUUAAGUAAUGAAGAGGCGAAGGUUCCUUCAAAGAGGGCCACAGUUUUAAUUAUGGUGGCCGCCCCUUUGGACUUCAAACAGAAAAUAGUGAAAGCAGGAGAUAAGGACCUGGACGGACAGUUGGACUUUGGGGAGUUUGUGCACUAUCUCAGGGACCAUGAGAAGAAGCUCAGAUUGGUUUUCAAAAGCCUCGACAAGAAGAAUGAUGGUCGCAUCGACUCACAGGAGAUCAUGCAGUCCCUUCGUGACCUUGGAGUGAACAUCUCGGAGCAACAGGCAGAGAAGAUCCUCAAAAGCAUGGAUAAGAACGGUACGAUGACCAUCGACUGGAACGAGUGGCGGGACUACCACCUCCUACACCCCGCAGACAACAUCCCUGAGAUCAUCCUCUACUGGAAGCACUCCACGAUUUUCGAUGUUGGGGAGAGUUUGUUGGUACCUGACGAGUUCACUGCGGAGGAGAAGCAAACGGGAAUGUGGUGGCGCCACCUAGUGGCCGGGGGUGGAGCAGGCGCAGUCUCCAGGACCUGUACUGCCCCACUUGAUCGUCUCAAAGUACUCAUGCAGGUGCACUCCUCCAAAAGCAACAGCAUGCGCAUCGCGGGGGGCUUCACCAACAUGGUCCGGGAGGGCGGGGUCCGGUCUCUCUGGCGAGGGAACGGCAUCAACGUCAUCAAGAUCGUUCCAGAGACCGCCAUCAAGUUCAUGGCUUAUGAGCAGAUCAAGCGUUUGAUCGGGAGUAACCAGGAGACGUUGGGCAUCGCUGAGAGGCUGGUGGCUGGGUCUCUGGCUGGAGCCAUCUCUCAGAGCACCAUCUACCCCAUGGAGGUGCUGAAGACCCGGCUGGCUCUGAGGAAGACGGGGCAGUACCAGGGCAUAGGGGACUGUGCCAAGCGCAUCUUCCGCAACGAAGGCAUGAGUGCGUUCUACAAGGGCUACGUCCCCAACAUGCUGGGCAUCAUCCCCUACGCCGGCAUCGACCUGGCGGUCUAUGAGACCCUGAAGAACUGGUGGCUGCAGAACUACGCCACGGACAGCGCCGACCCCGGGGUGUUUGUGCUGCUGGCGUGCUGCACCACCUCCAGCACCUGCGGGCAGCUGGCCAGCUACCCGCUGGCCCUGGUCCGGACCCGCAUGCAGGCCCAAGGUCAGCCUCGUCCCUCACCCCUCCUCCCCGCACUGGGGGAGGCUGCGUCUUCCAUAUCCUCAGCCGAUAUCUAUUCUAAUUUGCAUAGCCCUUAUUCAGCAUUACAGUCUCAUGACACCCUUAUGACCCAAGCCCCCAAAAGGGCAAGAACAAACUCCCUUAAUCAGCAAGGAAAGGAGGUCUUUCUUGUCCUUUUGGGGGCUUGGGUAAGGGGGGUGUCUGUUAUAUCAACGUGGUCCACUUUGGUUUGCUCCCCCAUUCUGCUCAGUGUGUCUGCACGAUGCAUUUUCCCGUUUUAUGAUAAUUUGGGAUUUUAAGUUGAUUGAACAUUCGUGACAAGAGUGCCUCUUUAAAUCUGGGUACUCAUUUAUCGCCAGAAAUCAAUAAACAGGCUCAUUCGCACAAAUAUUUGAAUAAUCCUCUAUUUGUUGAGUCCAAUGUCAAUGAAUGCAGUAGUAGUAUGUAGUGCAUCAUGGGAUAUAGUGCGGCAGUAGUCCGGCGUCAAUGGAACACGUAUUUCACGGCGCAUUAUUGGUAUACACGAGUGCACAUUGAACCAGACUACAAAAAAACAUAAAAGCUGCACCAUUUAGGGCCCCGAGGGAGCCAGCUCCAACACAGCCACACUGUUUGAACCAGGCUUGCCGAGCCCCACUCGUGUGGUCACGGUUCCCCUCCUCCCCACAGCUACCAUGGCAGGAGGCCCUCAGAUGACCAUGUGCGGCCUGUUCAGACACAUCCUGAGGACGGAGGGCCCCCUGGGACU